AUGAUGAAAAGAAGGCGACUGUGGGAUUAUUCGUUUCAGCUUCCCUGGAUGAUGGAUGGAGAGAUAUUCACUGCCACUUUGGUGCCAUCUGGGAACAUGACACCAAAUUCUAACAUGACCCUGGAACAGAAAACAACAUUUGCUUUUGUGAUUUUAUUAUUUAUUUUCUUGGGAAUCCUCAUUGUUCGCUGCUUCCGAAUUCUCCUUGACCCCUACCGGAGUAUGCCAACCUCAACCUGGGCUGAUGGACUUGGACUGGAGAAAGGCCAGUUUGACUAUGCUCUUGCUUAG